CCCGCCAGGAGCCAAGGGUGGCAGUGGUCCUCUCCGGAUGUGGAGUUUUUGAUGGAUCUGAAAUUCACGAGGCUUCAGCGAUUUUGGUUCACCUGAGUCGUGGAGGGGCUGAGUUCCAGGUUUAUGCUCCUGACAUCCCGCAGAUGCACGUUGUGGAUCAUGUGAAGGGUGAGCCUGCUGGUGAUAGCCGGAAUGUUCUGGCCGAAUCAGCCCGGAUUGCUCGUGGUAAAAUCAUGGACCUUGCCCAGCUGAAUGCCCAGGACCAUGAUGCUGUUAUCUUCCCUGGAGGAUUUGGUGUAGCCAAGAAUCUCUCAACCUUUGCCAAGGAUGGGAAGGACUGCAAAGUCAUCCCUGAUAUUGAACGUGUCCUUAAUGAGUUCCACAAGGCACGCAAGCCUAUUGGGCUGUGUUGCAUCGCUCCUGUGCUGGCUGCUAAAGUCCUACCUGGAGUAGAGGUCACUGUUGGUCACGAAGAUGAGGAAGGUGGGAAAUGGCCAUAUGCUGGAACAGCAGCAGCUAUUAAUGCAAUGGGAGGCAAGCACACAGUUCAUGACGUCAACUCUGCCCACGUGGAUCAUCAGAAUUGGGUUGUGACCACUCCUGCCUUUAUGUGUGAAACAAAACUGCAUCAUAUCUUCGAUGGGAUUGGCGAGAUGGUGCAACAAGUCCUGAAGCUCACAGGGAAAUGAGGCCAUCGCUCAUGAUCAGUGUGUGUCGGUGUGUAAGGCUUAAUGUGGGUGUUGGUGUGCAGGAGUUUGUAUGUGUGUCUGUCUUGGGGGUGUUAGAGAAUGUGUGUGUGUCUGACCGGGGGAAGAGUGGGACAAAGCCUCUGGAUUUGAAUGGUGUUUUUGUGAUCAUUCUGACUGGAUGGAGUUUCCAUGCGAGACCAUCAGGGACACUAUUACAGGGUGAUCUUCCUUUGAAAGCACAUGAUUGGACAGCUUGUAGAUCACUUGUGCAUGUGUGUGAUUGGUCACUAUUGCUGUAUGAAUGUUGCUAUACUGAUUACAUAGCAAUAGAUCACUGAGUGUCAUUUCUGUUUGCAGAAAUAAUCAGUUGAGGCAGGGCUUUAGAGUUUGCGAUUCCAGUUUUAUUAAAUCUGAUGAUCAUGCAAA